ACCAACUUCUCAAAUAAAAAGCUCCAUUCUUUUCUUUUUUUUUUCCUUUGAUAAAGAUCCCACCUUGUCAUUUCACCAGCACCGGAGACGCCGUCGUUUUAAACGCCGGCGCCUCCACCACCCGUGCCGACCGAAAGCAUUACAAGAAAACGCACAGCUUUUAAACCAUGACGCGAGGCUUCAGCUUUUCUUUGCCUGUAAUGGUUGUCGUUUCGGCCAUCGCGUUCGUCUAUUUCUGUACGGUCUUUGUUUUCAUUGAUCGCUGGUUUGGUCUAAUGACCUCUCCCGGUAUCAUGAACGCCGUCGCUUACACCGGUGUCGCCGUCAUGUGCGUGUUAAAUUACGUCUUUGCUAUCUUCAUGGAUCCAGGUCGUGUCCCAUCUACUUUCUUGCCCGACAUUGAAGAUUCCAAGGUUCCUAUCCAUGAGAUCAAACGCAAGGGAGGGGACUUGAGAUAUUGCCAAAAGUGUUCUCAUUUUAAACCUCCUCGUGCACAUCAUUGUCGUGUUUGCAAGAUAUGCGUUUUGAGAAUGGAUCACCAUUGCACUUGGAUAAAUAAUUGCGUCGGCCAUGCCAACUACAAGGUCUUCUUCAUCUUUGUCGUAUAUGCAGUAAUUGCUUGCAUCUAUUCUCUGGUUUUACUCGUGGGUAGUCUAACUAAUGAUUCCCAAAACGACAAGCAGCAAAGUGCAGACUCUUUCAGAAUCUUAUACGUUAUUUCCGGAUUGUUGCUUGUUCCCUUGAGUAUGGCCUUAAGUGGUCUUUUAGGUUGGCAUAUCUACCUCAUUUUGCAAAAUAAGACAACAAUUGAGUAUCAUGAAGGGGUGAGAGCCACAUGGCUUGAAGAGAGAGCAGGGAACGCCUAUAAGCAUCCAUAUGAUCUCGGUGCCUACGAUAAUCUAACAACGGUAUUGGGUUCAAAUAUCAUUUGCUGGAUAUGCCCUACAUCAAAGCACAUAGGUAAUGGUCUCCGUUUCCGAACGGCCUAUGAUGGCUUACCAGUUACAUCAACAUCAAAAUGAAGUUUGCGUGUUACUUGUGGUAACAUGAGGGCUUCAAAUGUCCCCAGUUUUCAAGUUGUAGCCUAUAAUACCGUCACCUCCUGGUAGUCCAGGACAAAGAAGCCCUGGUGGCGCCAGCAAGUGAUAAUGGAGGAGGAUCUGAAAAAGGACCUAAAGCAAGGCAGUUUCAAAAAGGAAUUUAGAAAUAGGAUUAAUGGGGUUUUUUACUAAUAGGUCAUAACAAUGUAGAAGUGAUCAUGCAAAUCAACAGAUACAAAGUGUAUCAAAUCAUGUAAACACAUCUGCACAACCCUUCUAACUAAAUACAAAGUUUUUUCAUUUUCAAAUUUA